UCGGAUGAGGCUGGUCGCCAUCUUUACUCCAUCCCAGCACAUCGCUGCCGGUGGGGCGGAACACCACUCAUCGACCCAGUUGAUUUCUAGGAACCGCCGACAGACCUGGCUCAGCACCGUGUUUCACUGAAGAUUAGUCACCUUUACUAGCACGCUACUCUACCUGCACCCGGACACACAAUGGGAGAGCGAGAAGACCUAGUUUAUCAGGCAAAACUUGCCGAGCAGGCAGAGAGAUAUGACGAGAUGGUGGUGUCUAUGAAGAACGUGGCAGGCAUGGACGUGGAGCUCACAGUGGAGGAGAGGAACCUACUAUCAGUGGCCUACAAGAAUGUGAUCGGCGCUCGGAGAGCAUCCUGGAGGAUAAUCAGCAGUAUCGAACAGAGGGAAGAGAACAAGGGCGGAGAAGAGAAACUGAAGAUGAUCCGGGAAUAUAGGCAAACGGUGGAGAAGGAGCUGAAGCAAAUCUGUGGUGACAUUUUGGAUGCACUGGAAAGGCACUUACUCCCCUCUGCUGUCAUGGGAGAGUCGAAGGUCUUCUACAACAAAAUGAAAGGUGACUACCACAGGUACCUGGCAGAGUUUGCCACCGGCAACAACAGAAAGGAGGCAGCAGAGAACAGCCUGGUGGCCUACAAAACUGCCACCGACCUCGCCAUGUUGGAGCUGCCACCAACGCAUCCCAUCCGCCUCGGCCUUGCCCUCAACUUCUCCGUCUUCUACUAUGAGAUCCUAAACUCUCCUGAUCGCGCUUGCAGGUUGGCAAAGGCUGCAUUUGAUGACGCCAUCACAGAACUGGACACACUGAAUGAAGACAGCUACAAGGACUCCACACUUAUCAUGCAGUUGUUACGUGACAACCUGACACUAUGGACUUCAGAUAUGCAGGGAGAGGAGUCCUAAAGGAAACAAAGCUGACUGUUCAUUUCCCAUGUUAACUGUACUUUGUGAAGAACAAAAAGAGCAGCAACUGCAAGACGUGGAUGAUGAGGCCCAGUGAGACAAUGCCACCAACAGCCAACAACUUGAGACCCUCCCCUCACCUCCUCACACUCCUCCUCCCUCCACCUGCGGUCUCCUCCUCUUCCCUCCCCUCCCCCACCCUCCAACUCUUCGCCCCGCUCUGCGAGUUCCCCUCCUCUUCCUCCUCUCCCCUCCGUUUCCUUUCUUCCACCUCUGCAGCUCCGUGAUCCAGCAGGGCCAAGGAGUUAACAAGUUUAUUUUUCUCUUCUUUUUUAUUUUUAUAUUAGUCCUUACAUCAUUCAAGUAAAUAGCACUUAAUUGAGACAGGAAAUACAAUGUUAGAAAGACAAAGAUAAAGAGCGUACCUGGGUUGUUUCUUUUUCUGUCGUCCCGGUACAAGCAGUUCUGAAACAUUAUCUUUGGUUUCAUUAUUGUAUUUUUGUUUGGUUUUUUGCUUUUUUUUCCUCAAUAUUUUUAUCAGUUGCUGGAUGUAUUGAGAAUUUUUUUUCUUAAUGUAAUUACAGAAAUUAACUUUUAUUACUGAAAAUGUUGACUAUUAGUUAUGGGAGCUAUUUUAUCUCUGUUUUAGUGAAAUGUCAUGCGAAUCAUUUUAUCUGGGCAAAAAAACUACAAGUGCCCUUUUUGUUAACUUAGGUUUUCAGAGGAAGUUGGCAAAAUUCGCGAUAUCCACGUGGGGCAAAGACGUGCUUAACUUUUACACCAUAGUGAUUCUGUUACCAUGUUUUUGUAGUUGUCCUUGGACUGUACUUUGUGCUGAAAUACUGUAUCUGUGCACACAUGCUGAAGGUUGACUUAUUGCUCGCCAGUGGUUUUGGGAGAUGUCACACUUGUGUAAAAGACGAUUCGGCCCCGCUCCUCGACACAGAGCCCUAAAAUGAAGAUAGUCAGUGCUUGCAUGAGUUAACACUUUGUUUUCUGCUGCUUCUCCCCUACGUUUCACUAAAGCUCCUCUGGGUUUAGAGGUUUUCUUUCGUCGCCGUCUCCUUCGUUUCUCCUCUCGUUUUGCUUCAUUAUGUGUAACUCGGAGCUGAUUUGUACUACUGGAUAUCUGACUGGAGCCACAGACAGGGAAUCUGUAUUGUUCUUACUGAAACACAGCAUGGAAUUAACAUUAAACAAUCUAAAUUAAACCUUAAACAAAC